AUGUCAUCCGCCCUCUGUCCCUCCUUAACAGAGACAUGGGCUCUCUGGAUCACUCGGUCUGCCCGCCCAUAUGUUUGUCAACCUCCCCCCGACUCCCGACUCCCUCAGACUCCUGACUGCCCCAUGCACAUCCUCGACGUCCUCCCCCGCGGCUCAAAUCCGCACACUUACCGGCGCAUCAACACAGACGUCUCCCCGCCGCACUGCCAUCCAUACCCAUCUUCCGCUCCGCAUUCGUUCAUCACUGCAUAUCAACUCAUAACCCCCGACACGGGAACACACGCACGCAUGCACGGCCUCGCACGCGUAUAUUCGACAUCCCAAAUGAUAUGCUACGGUGGUGCGACAGAGGCACCGUGGCGUCGUGGCGGCAGGCGCUCGAGCAAUGACGUCGCUCUCGCCCGUUACACUCACUCGCUCGUGUUUAUGUCUGCAAGCGUGAGCGUGGCUGGGAUCACGCGUCGUCAGGCUGGGCUGCCCGUCGACAUCCUCAUCGAGCACCACUCUCGCACGGCCCAUUUUCGAGCGCGCGCGCAACACGCGGAUCCAUCUAAGAUCCCGUCGUUCGCCCGCUCGCGAGCACGCGAGCCCUUCAGCGAGCCCGUCCACGGCACCUCAGCGCCCGACAUGUUCACCGCGUCCGACACGUUUGAGUCUGCCACGUCUGCCACAUCUGCCCACCCGCUCUCGGCUCCCCCCGACGCGCGCGCGAACCGCACAUCGGCAGCAUACACGCGCACGGGCAGCGGCGGCCGCACGGGCGCCGCGUCCGUCGUCAUUGUCGGCGCGCAUGCAGCGUCCGCCGCGCCCGUUCGCGUUCGCACGGCGCGGCGCGGCGCUGCUGGAGGACGCAGAGCGCGGCACGAUGCGCAAGGGGAGCAGCGGCAGCGGUCGGAGAACGCAGAGCGCGGCGCCACGGGCAGGGGAGGCGAUACACAGACACGACAGCACAGACACACGGCAGCACAGACACAGCAGCGCACGGGCACCGCGUCGUGCUCGUCAUCUUUGUCGACAGCGGCCGCCCGCGCGCGUGUCCGCGAUCGUUGCACGGGGCCGUCGUAG